AAAUUAUAAAAUAUCUGAAGCGAUUUCAGAUAUUUGCUUCGCUUCGCUCUUACUCUCUGGCAUAUAUUGGUGCGCAGAUCGUUGAGGGAUUAGGGUUUUGAGUGCUGGGAGCAGGAGAGGAGGUCAUGGACAUGGAAAGACAAGAUGAUCAUCAUCUUAAGGAGGAUGGGACUGGAGAGGUUGUCAGGUGGGAGAGGUUGAGGGUUCUGCUCGUCGAACCUGAUGAUUCCACUCGCCAGAUUAUCGCCGCCCUUCUCAGAAAAUGCAGCUACAGAGUUGCAGCAGUCGCUGAUGGAUUAAAGGCAUGGGAGACGUUAAAGGGGAGACCUCAUAACAUCGAUCUCAUAUUAACUGAAGUGGAGUCACCAUCAAUAUCUGGAUUUGCACUUCUUACCUUAGUCAUGGGGCAUGACUGUUGCAAGAAUAUUCCUGUUAUAAUGAUGUCUUCACACGAUUCAAUCAACAUGGUAUUGAAAUGCAUGUUAAAAGGUGCAGCUGAUUUUCUAAUAAAGCCUGUCAGGAAGAAUGAGCUAAGAAACCUUUGGCAGCAUGCAUGGAGAAGGCAUACUUUGACUGGUGGGCAUUUUCCUCAAAACUUGACUGUUCCACUGCAAAAAGAUGAAGCCAGUUCUGAAAAUAAUGCAGGAAGCAAUAAUUCAAGCGAUUGUGUUGCUUCUACACACAGAAAUAUUGAAUGCAGUGAGAAAGGGAGCGACUCCCAAAGCUCUUGUACAACUCUUUAUUUGGAAGCUGAAAGUGCAUACAUGCAAAAUAUGCAGGGUCCUUCAGAAAACAACAGUGGUGGUGCUUCAAAUUUGAGAAAUAUAAUUAUGGAGAAGCAGGGAGGGUAUGCUAAGUUGGAUGAGGAAUCAGUUAUGCCUGGUAGUCAAGAUGAAGAAAAAUCAAAUAGACUGUCAUCAGAGGUUGCACUGUACAGAGCAGCUUCAAACUCAACUGCUCUGAGAUUGGAAGAAGACACUGCUUGUGCUGAAUCUAUUACUCAAAAUGAUGGUGUGCGAGUGGAAAGAGGUAGAUGCAAUACUAAUAUUGCUAGUAAGACUCACAGCUGCAACAAUGAACUGGUUGAACCUUCUAGUGGAGCCAUUGACUUGAUUGGCACAUUUGAUAAUCAUCCCAAGUGCACUUAUGAGAAUACAAAUUAUAAUGGUGUUGGCACAAACAAGUUUGAACUUGUUCCAAAUUUACAACUUUCUCUGAGAAGAACUUGCUCAAGUAGCUCAAAUAACCACUGGACUGAGGAAAGGCCUCUACUGAACCAUUCUAAUGCAUCUCCGUUUUCAUGGUAUAAUUGUAGCACGACACUAUCUAGGAAUUGCACCAAUUUGGAGGAGGGUGGAAGUAUGUCCCAUGAACUUUCGUCUUAUCAAAUCUCUGGAAGUAUCAAUGGUACUUUCCUUCAGCAAGGUCACGAAAAUUCAAUUACUUCUGUCAUUGAUCAGUCCAGAGAAGGUGAACCAAAGUUUUCUAGUCAUCAGGUUGGGAUUAUUCCUGUCUCGGGGGUAAAUGAUGCUAAUAGUGGAUACAGUCAUGUUUUCCCACCCAUGUUUUAUACUCGAUCUGAUCUACCCUCUGUUCCCAAACUGGCCUGCCAGCGAGAUCAGUCUCCCUUUCCUUCAAGUACCUCAGUUCAAUCCAAUCCUGAAACUCAAAACUCAGAACAAGGUUAUCACUUCUCUGAUGAGAUUAGCAAAAGUUCCGUUCACCAGGCUAUGCAGGAGGAUAAAAAUCUGGAACAGAUGGAGGAACUUGGACAUGGUUCUGCUGCUGCUGAUCAGACUACUGGUAGUAGUUUAUGCAAUGGAGCUGUCGACAAUAGAAAGAGGGUUGCAUAUGGGAGCAGCUCCAGUAGGAGAGAUGAGUUUGCCACUGGCUCUGAGAGUUGGAAUGAAAGUAGUCUCUCUAUUCAUGAUGGAUCAAGAGGAAUGGAUGCUCUUCGUUCUAGCCAAAGGGAAGCAGCUCUCAUAAAGUUUCGAUUGAAGCGGAAAGAUCGAUGUUAUGAGAAAAAGGUUCGCUAUCACAGCCGGAAAAGACUGGCAGAGCAACGUCCUCGAGUGAAAGGACAGUUUGUACGCAAGGUGCAAACUGACCCUCUAGUAGGUGAUACCGAUGUUUGUAUAUGAAAUUCAUCAUCGAUGUGCAUUUCGUUACUUGUCAAUCUGAGUUCCCAAAUUUUCCAUGGAUGUCGAUAACUUGCUGCUCCGAAGAGUUGAUUGUCCCACGUGGGAUCUCUUCUUGUACUGCUGAAGCGGAAGCGACUGAUGACAACAAGAGAGGUGAAUGGUUGGCAUGUCUCUCUUAGUGUUCAGAGUUCUGACUACAACUUUUGUAUUAACAAAAAGAUUUUCUUUGUAAUUAUGUAGUGCGGUUUCUCAGGCUUUUGAUGUCACCUUAUGUUAAUAUGCGUUCAUGUUUUUGUAUUAUGGACGAAGUUAAUGUGCUUUCAUGCUUAUUACCAGAUAGCGGAGUUUAGGGAAGACAGCCUUAAUUUGUACCAUAAUUUGCUUUGACAGGUUGGAAUUACUAGUUAAUACUUUGAGAGGCAUUUUCAUGUUUGC